UCCGUGCGCCUGCUCAAGCGUUUGACGCCUACACGCGACCCCCAGGUCUACAUAUACUACAAAGGGUACGCUCGACACCUUGUUACAACAUCAUCGUACCUUCGGUUGUGCAGGUGUACCAAGGAGAAGACCAGGCUAUCCACCUCUAAGUUACUUUCGCCAGUUCUUUAGCCACAAACAAACAUGGCAGCAACGCGAGUGGUUCUGAUGUUGGGGCUUAUGGCAGCCGUGCUGGUAUCAGUCGCCUUAGCGUACACUCCAACGAGAUUGGACCACAUUGAUGAGCCAAACAACGAUGAUGACUCCUUGGAAGAGAGCAUGGAGAAACUGGAGGCCCGUUUGGCCCUACGGAAAAGUUUGGUGGAAGUUUUGCGAGAGGUACUAGGAGAAGGACGUGACACCAAUAGCGUGGAUAGCAAACGUUAUGAACGUGUCAAGUACGCUGGCUGGAGACCAACAGAGAUGCUCUACACACAGGGGAAGUGGGCGGCUUGAGGGUCUACACGUCAACAUGAUGGGACCCCCUACUGAUGACGUCAGCUUUCUGAUCUGACAUAGACAACCUCUUCUCAUGCUAUAUGCUUAUCAUUAUGUAGAUCGUGACAGUAGUAGAGUUUACUGCAAUUUUAGCUAACAGUUAUCAAACAACCGCUUUAUAUGUGGGAACUUUACCUUAGGAUGCUUGAUGCA